AUGGCCACAAAAGACCGCAUCACCUGCCACGUCCUCGACACGACAGCCGGCCGCCCGGCGCGCGCCCUCCGCGUGCAGCUGACACACACGCCGCCGUCGGCGCCCGACGCCGGCGCCCCGACGGCCGCCGCCACGACGCCGAGGACCUUCGAGUCCAUCACGGACGACGACGGCCGCGUCAAGACCUGGCUGCCCUACAGCGCCGCCACGGCGUCGGGCGAC